AUUACAAAAAGUAAUAUUUUUUUCAGAGACAAGUUUUGCUGCCCGAGAGAGCUAUUAAGCAGCCCCGGGUUGCGAAAUGAAUUCCAAGGGUCCCCCAAUUAAUGGAAAAACUUUCCUCACAGAAACCCAGGCAGCCCAAAUAUUGGGCAAACUUAAAGUUAUCCGCAAUGUUGACGGUCAAACGAUCAAAAUUCAGACAAUACAGACCAAUCCGCAGACUGGAGCUAAAAAGAUCGUUGCGAUCCCAAUUCAGUCUAUGCCGAACUCUGGUCAAAACCUGAGCGUGAGCCCGAUGAAAACCCUCCGAACCUCCGAGGGUACAAUCCUACCUCAGGGUCGGACUAUUAAAAUCAGUUCUCCGAGAACCUCAGGAUACACAGGACAGGUUUCAAUUGUCAAACCCGUGACCUCGAUGCCAAGUUUUCAUACGGUCACCUCAGCCCAGCUCCAGUCCUUGCAGAACAUGCAUGGAAUCCAUUCCGUUGCCGGAGUUCAGAGCCUUCAACCCUCCGGGUCUAAUAUUCAUACAGUUACUCUCACGCCUCAGAAAACGAUGCUCACGGCGCAACGGUUUCCCCGGCAGAACUUGCAGUUUGAAUCUGUCGGGGUGAAACGGCCGGCCGAGACUGAUCCUUUAGAUAUUUCAGAAUCAAAAAGACGAAAGACUGAGAAAGGUGGGAAGGGUUUGAGACACUUCUCCAUGAAGGUGUGUGAGAAGGUAAAGGCAAAGGGAACAACCUCCUACAACGAGGUGGCCGACGAACUCGUUGCAGAGCUCACGGAUCCCAGGUGCCAGUCUCCCAGUGAUCCUCAAUACGAUCAGAAGAAUAUCAGAAGAAGAGUUUAUGAUGCGCUUAACGUUCUUAUGGCCAUGAAUAUAAUCAGUAAAGAGAAGAAGGAGAUCAGAUGGUUAGGUCUCCCGACCAACUCUAUCCAGGAAGCUAACUCUAUGGAGUCAGAGAAGGCGGAAAGGUUGGAGAGAAUCAAAACGAAAACAAAACAAUUGCAGGAUCUCAUUCUUCAACAGAUUGCUUUCAAGAACCUGGUAGAGAGGAACCGAGAAAUGGAGAAAAUGACAGGAACGCCCACUCCCAACUCCGCCAUCCAGCUCCCCUUCAUUAUCGUCGGGACCAGCAAGAAGACAGUGAUUGACUGCUCCAUCUCCAACGACAAGAUGGAGUACCUCUUCAACUUCGACAACACGUUCGAGAUCCACGACGACAUGGAGGUCUUGAAGAAGAUGAAGAUGACAAUGGGUUUAGACAAUGGAAGCAUAGAUGAAGAAAGCUUGAGACGCGCGCGCUCAAUGGUUCCGCGCGCGCUUCAGCCCUACGUGGAUGAACUUGCGAAUAAAGGAGCUGAAGCUUAUUCCUCGCUUAUGCCAAAGGUCUCAACCCCAUUAGUUAAGUGCGAGGUUGGGUUGGAAUAUGAAGAAGAUGAUAUGGCCGGAGAAGAGUCUGAAUAGAUCUUUCUAGAAACAAUUUCAAAUCCAGCUUCUCAGACCUAAAAUAUAAGCGCUAUGUGCCUAAAAACUUCGACCACAAGUGUGAACGUAGUGACCGUUCAUUUAUUUUUGUUUAUUCGUCUAAUGCGGGCUUUCGCUAGUUUUAUUAUUUUUGUUGCAACCUUCAGAGUCAAGUCAUCUCCGAAACGCAAUUUUAGUAAAGAAAAGCUAUUUAUUUAAAGAUUUUAUAUUUUGUCUCAACUAGGUUUUUAACGGAUGUUUAAUUAAGCCGUCCGAAAAUAUUUUUAAACAUUCAAUCUUAAAAUUUACCUCCGUCUACAUUUUGUUACGAGAAUGCACGUGUAUAUAAUUUCUGAUCCGCCAUUUUUAACAAAAAGUAAUAUACAAAAAUUUCCCGCCUUUUUAUUAUGGCGGGUUUUCCAUUUCUAAAAUUGGCGUUUGCACACUGAAAACUGUUUUAAAUGCCAAUUUUUAUUCAGUAAGUACCACUCUUUGAGUGGGCACAAAUGUACACUGUACAAAGUAUUGUAAAUUAAGAGAACAUGGUUCUUUUGUACAGUAUACACUCAUCUUGUACGCUGGAUUCAUCGCGUACAACGUGCGUACAAAAAAGAAAGAAUUAUGUAUGUAAGCAUGCUUCUGAAAUUUGAAUAAUUGAUUAUUAAUUGUAAAUCAUUUUGUUGGAAAAUCAAGAAACUUCGUUUUCAAUCUUUAUCUUUCGUUUCAAGAAAA